AUGGCUUUCCAGUCCGACCCUCACUUGCACACUCUUCAGUUCAAAGGUGAAGUCAUGGACUUUGAACUCGGCCUCGAGGUCGAUCAUCGCAAACGACGAAGGAACAGGACUACUCAGUCGUGCUUGAAUUGCCAUACUUCAAAGCGGAAGUGUGACCGAAAGCGGCCGUGCCAGAGAUGUAUACAGCUUGGCUUGACUGGGCUGUGCGUAUAUGAAGUCGACGACCCUUCCCUUCGGGAUGACCCCAAUGUCGACGAGACAACCCGCUUACGAAAUCGGAUUGCGGAGCUGGAAAGCUUGGUCCGCGAGCUGCGAGGCAAACCACAUCCCAAAUGGGCGGAACCAAACUACUGUGAUGGAGAUGUGAAUGAGAAGUGGCACUCACGGUCGGCCAAGCGCACACAGCCGCCAUAUCAGAAAACGCGUCGAGAUAUGGAGCUAGGGCACUAUGACGACUGUGUUCCGCCGCAUGUGUCUCAUGGUGUGAAGACUGAGCAGCCUCCUGAAUUACCGCAGCAGCUAUAUCGCCUCACUGCCUCCUUUGGUGGCGGAGGAACAAUGCCGCCCGAGAAUCGCCUCGCCUCUUCCAUGUACUAUCGUCAGCAUCCGCAACACAGUGGCCAUGCAGGCCUCUCGACCUCGGCAGAGGACCCCAGCGUCUCUUAUCCAUCUUCAUCAUCCAGCUCGCCGAUGGGCUACGAGCAACAACGUUUCGUUGAUGGUUCUUCGCAUGGUGAUCAAUAUGCCCAUGUUCACCAGUCGUAUACCCAAAUAUCGUCUCACCGUACCAACACCCAGUCUUGCUCCUGCUCAACGAACCCAGCCGCUGCUAAUCCACUCAUUGGGCUGACGAGCCAGCUGCGGAAUACUAUCCAGCAUCUACGGCAACUACCAGAGCAUCACCAUUCGGAGCAAGAUUGCCUGAUUCUCGCACGUAUCUUUGAGUUGGACGAUAUCUUGCAUGGAGGUGAAGCAGGAUAUGUGGCCGAGUCCUCGUAUGAAGCUUUACCAACACCAGCGGAGACCGAAAUUAUGUCGCCAACCUCAUCAUCGAGCCAGUCCAGUAUGGGGAACACAAUCCACGAGUGGUCGACGAUGGCAGCAUCCGCUGGUUAUGACAACUACUUUCCCGUCUCAUCUACAGAGCAGGGCGUCUACCAGAAGCCCUACCAUAUGGCGUAA